AACAUCUAUACACAUGGUAUCCCCUUCAUCUGUUUUUUGCUGUUUUUGCCUUUGAGUAUCCCAUGGGCUGAAGUUGAGUGGUGGAUAGGAGUGGUGCAUUAUUUGGCUUGUCUCUCUCCCACCGUUUGUUCAGUCUUCUACCAUCUCUUCAUGAACCAUGAGGGUGGAGCACCUAUUUAUGACACACUGCUGUGCUUCGACAUGUUUGGUGUCUGUCUCGUCAACACUCUUGGUGCUCUGCCAAUCAUUCACAUAACUUUGUUGUGUUACCCAUCCUCCCGCCGUGUGGCGAUGUUGGCAUAUCUCCUUCUCUCUGGCUACGGUGUUCACUGCGCCGUCUCUGCUCAGAGUAAUGUGCACCGCCUGCAAUCCUUCGCCUGGCAGGCGAUCUUCCGGUUCGUUCUCUUUAUGUUGCGUCUGACUGGCGCAGGCAGAGGAAGCCCCGCAUCCCUUCGCCUCUACCUCACCAUGGAUACUCUUGCAUUGUUAGGAGGAUUAGUCAAUAUUUCCCGCCUUCCAGAACGCUUCAGUCCUGGAGGGUUUGACUACUGGUUUAAUAGUCACCAGAUUAUGCACAUCAUGGUCGUCCUGUCCAUUGUGUACUUACACUGGGGCACACUGGAGGAUUUAACAUGGUUAAAGGGAUAUCACUGUCCCGGUGAAUAAACUUAAAGACUGAUAAUUCAUCAUGAUAUUUAAAGAACUGCAGGGAAAUUACUGUAAAACCCAAAGUGUGAUGAUGGUACUACGGUAAAGUGGUGAUAUCAGUUGUUUAUGCCAUGGUACUUUCUUUGAAAUACAUAUUUACAGCUACCAAGUGACAUGAAUUUGCACUACAGAUGUUAAUGGCACACAACCUUGGACAACAACAACAACAAAAGAUAGGGAGAGUCUGUUACCUUUGGCUGAUAGUCUAAUAUUUGACUAUUUUAUGCAUGCACAAUCAUAUGGUUAGUUGCCCUGUGCCGUUUUCCCUGCUGCCAUAUUAGAACAGACCUACAACCCAUUUUAGAGUUGAGAAACACAGAACACCAUGGUGCAAAUCCUAAAAAAAAAGUGAGGCUUUGUGAGAGCUCUUUAAAAAGGAGUAAAUUUUUUGUUUCUUACUAGCUUUCUUUGGUGAAGUUUUGUCAAAAUAUUGAAUAAUCAAAUGUGAAAUAUUGCACUUUAUCCUUCAAGUUUUGGAAAUCAGAUCCAAAAGAUUGUAUUCUGGAUGGCACAACCAUUGAUGAAUCUGAUGCUUUCUAUUUACAUGGUGCUACAUAUGUCAAAUAUGAAAUGUAUUAUCAAUAUAACAUAUUACUUGAAUUAAACCAGCUGGACUUGAAGGACUUUGAAAGUCACUGAAGUAUACCAUCUGGGCACAUGUGGGGAAAUUAGAAUACAUUUGAGAAUAUGCACUCAUAUUUUCAAUACUGUAAAAUUUGACAACUUGCACAGGAAGCUGAUGGUCAAAUUUACCCUUAUGGCACGCAAAAUGUAAAAAUGUGAGAGAAAAAAAGAAAAAAAAAGAGACAUCAGUUGGACUUCAUAAUUUUAUAGCAGUGACAGGUACACAAAUAUUUUAUGUUCAGUAAACAUGAGUAAAUUCAGAUGUAAUUCGAGGCUUAGUGUAAAUUUAUGGCUGCCAUAAGAAAUUACUCAACGUAGGAGUCCCUUUAAGCCCAGUUUAAGAAUACUUUACUUUUGACACAAAUGCUAGAAUACAGCCAAAUGCAGUUUUUUAAAGUAUACUCUCACUGAUCCAUUUGAACACAGGCUGUCGACACAUGCGCAAUAGAAAGUUUAUUUGUCCACUGUCUGUGCUAUUAGCCUGCUGCUGUAGUGAAACUGCAACUACGUGUAUAAAUUAUACAAAAUAAUAAUAAUAAUAAUAAUUUCUUAUAUAACCUUUACAUGGCAACAUGUGUAUGUGUUAUUUUUUUAUGGUUUUGUUAAUUUGUGAAGGUGCUGUAAAUUGAAUACAAUAUAUUAGUAACCUGUGUGAAAAUGAACAAGACACUUGCGACUGCCGCGUCCCGUGUGAAAGGGUGUUUAAAAUCGAUUGCGUUUCAGGAGUGGAGGGGGUACAAAUUGAAUCUGGGGUGAAGUGGGAGGGGGGGCCUGGCUGACUAGUUAAUUAGCAUAGCCUAGGGUACCUUCUUGUUUUAGGGAAGUUCAUUUUUGAUUAAACAUCCGUAAAUAGCUUUGACAUCUUAACAUAUUAUAAUAUUUUACUUAGCUACUUUUUGUUUAAAG